CGAUCUGGAGUCUCGCAAGGCACAACGGUCACCAACUCCGUCAGAUCAGCUACGAGGGUUCAGGUGCUUGGAGAAUCCGAUACUGACGCCGUCCCUAAGCUGAAGCCUUUGUGAAUUGACCGUCCGCCUAUAAUUGGCCGUUAGGUCCAAGAUGUCAUCGUUCUUCUUCUCCACACCCGUCGACAUCGACAUAGUCCUCGAGGAUGCCGACGAACGAGAAACCGUCGAUAUCAAGCUCGAUAAGAAUAGGCGUGAAAAGGCGCCCUUGUACAUGGAUGGCGAGUCUGUGAAGGGCGCAGUUACGGUCAGGCCGAAAGACGGGAAGCGAUUAGAACAUACAGGCAUCAAGGUGCAGUUUAUUGGCACGAUCGAGAUGUUCUUUGACCGGGGUAAUCACUAUGAGUUUCUUUCCCUUGUGCAGGAACUCGCGGCUCCCGGGGAGCUCCAGCAUCCGCGCACGUUUACCUUCAACUUCAAGAAUGUCGAGAAGCAGUACGAGUCAUAUAAUGGCAUCAAUGUCAAGCUGCGAUAUUUUAUCCGAGUUACCGUUUCACGCAGGAUAGCCGACAUCGUACGAGAGAAGGAUAUCUGGGUAUAUUCGUACAAAAUGCCCCCGGACAACAACAGUCCCAUUAAAAUGGACGUCGGUAUCGAGGAUUGUCUACACAUUGAAUUCGAAUACUCAAAGUCGAAGUACCACCUCAAAGAUGUGAUCGUUGGGAGGAUAUACUUUCUGCUCGUGCGGCUCAAGAUAAAACAUAUGGAGCUGUCGAUUAUACGACGGGAGACGACUGGCUCACCGCCAAACCAGUAUAAUGAGAGCGAGACGCUUGUCAGAUUUGAAAUCAUGGACGGUUCUCCAUCAAGAGGAGAGACUAUCCCCAUUCGAUUAUUCCUCGGCGGAUUCGAUCUGACACCCACGUUCCGCGAUGUCAAUAAGAAAUAUUCGACUAGAUACUAUCUUAGUUUGGUCCUAAUUGAUGAAGAUGCUCGUCGCUACUUCAAACAAUCUGAAAUCACCCUCUAUCGACAGCCUCCCGAACUUCCUCCGGUUCCUGGCGCAGCGGCACUACCGCCUCAGCAGCCUAUGCCCCCGCAUACUCAGAAAGAAGGAGGGGAUGCAGAAGCUCUAGAUUCCGAGCCCGAGCCUAAUCCGGCGGCCCAUGAACAGCAGCAGGUUCCUGCAGCUGCAUAAACAUACGUUUUUCGGGCAACGUAGUGGCGUCUUUCCAGACCUUAAUCAGCUCCUAGGUGCGGGCGUUCGGUGGCGCAUAUAUCGUAGAGGUAUUUUUUUCGUUCCAUGUUGAUGGCUUUGGUAAAUUGCUUUGGUCUUUUGUUUAUCGAGUAAAUGCAAAUAUGCACGUGGAUGGCAAUCAAAAUUGGGAUCAUAACCCAUCAUGAUGAAUGAGUUCUUGAUUUAUAAUUGUUUGUUAUUGACAUGCAUGCCUCUUUGCUAGUCGCCU